UUUCGAAAUGUCUAAAUCAAACUAAUGAAUACUUAAGUGUACGCAGAAGAGAUAUUUUUUAUGCACGUUUAACGUAUAUAACGGGAUGAAAAAAUAAAUCGCAGAAACUUAAUUUCAAUUAUUGUGUUGAUACAUAGCAGCAGAUUAUUGAGUACUAUGAAUAUACCUAAAGUAAUUCUUAAUUUUUAUGUAGAAUUUUAAUAUUUGAUUCUAAUUAGAAAUCGAUAAUCGAAUGUUCAGGAAUGUAUAAAAACUUGAUUAUUGUGAUAAUUUAAAAGCUACAUAUUCAUCUGUUACCUAACGAAGCGCGCAUGCGCAACGUUUGUGUACUGCUUAUCUUGGCGCUGUCGUUGACCGCUAAGCCAUUCGCGCGUCGUCUGUGGAAGAGGUCAGAUCGCGUCGCGUACUCCGUAAAUUUUGAUGUUUUAUUUACGUAACGGUGUUAUAUACAAAAAUAAAGUUUAAAUAUAAAAUGUGUACACCCAUAUUACUAUCAUUCAUUUUCAUAAAUGUCCGUUAUAGUUAUAUUAUCUUAUAACCAACAAUGGUAUUAUCAAUUAUGGAUUUUGCUUUAAAUGAAAAUGAACUGAUAUUCACAUUGUUAUUCUCGUUCUAACGAUUAUCUGUAUUUACUGUAAAUGAUAUUAUUUAAAUUUGAAAAGAGAAGAUUACUGAGGUUUCGGUUUAGCAUAUUUUUUAAUACUUCCGUAUAUGUGAAUUCGAAAUUAAAUUUAAAUCGCGUCUACGUUCCUCUCCAUGCAAGUUAGAUAAUUGUGUAAACGAAAAAUCUCUAGUACGAUCACUAUAUAACUAUAAUGUUCUAGUCUACAUUGCGUAUCAGCCUUUACGUGCGAUGUACAAGACAAAGCAGGACGCCGCUUUCAAAGUUAUGCUUUAACUUUAAGUUAAUCAGUGGAAAUCAAUUGUUUGCCAUUGGCGCGAAUUAUUGACAAAUUUCUAAAAUUUAGACAAUAUUUUAAACUGACGACCCAAAAAUCAGUAGUCAAAAUAAGCAGUUCAAAGGACGUCAACAUGCCACCAAAAUGUAAAUUUCAGGAAGGAGAGAAAGUUCUGUGCUUUCAUGGACCUUUAAUUUACGAAGCAAAAUGUCUAAAAUCCUCAGUUACCAAAGAAAAACAGAUCAAGUACUUUAUUCAUUAUGCUGGAUGGAAUAAAAAUUGGGAUGAGUGGGUGCCGGAAAGUAGAGUUCUGAAAUACAAUGAAGCCAAUGUGCAAAGACAAAGAGAGGUCCAGAGAGCCCAUUCUAAUCAACAAUCUACACAGAAAAACAAGAAAGGCAAUACAUCUUCUAAAACUCAAGGACGUAGAAGUGAAGGUGGACGUGAAAAAGAUACGGAUAGUAGAGCUAGUACUCCUGUUGCCACAGUUGAGAAAAGUGUUAGUCGUUUUAGCAAAGGUACCACUAGCUCUGUCACUCCAUCGUCCUCUCAUGAUUCUACUUCGGAUGCCCCACGUAAAAAACGCAGCCGUUUAGAACCAUCCGGUGAAACCGAAGAAUAUCUCACCAAGGUGGAAGUUAAAAUUAAAAUCCCAGAAGAAUUGAAAUUUGUACUUAUAGAUGAAUCAGAAGUUAUAUUAAAACAUCAUAAAUUACCUGCUUUACCUGUGAAAAAUACAGUGGACAAAAUUCUAGAUGAUUAUGUUGAAUCAAAAUCAUUAGGAAAAACUGAUUCUGUCAGGGAAAGUAUAUUAGAAAUAACUAAGGGUAUUCGUGAAUACUUCAAUAUAUCCUUAGGUCUGCAGUUAUUAUACAAGUGGGAACGUCCACAAUUUAUUCAGAUUAUGAAUGAUAAUCCAGAAACACUGCCCAGCCAAUUAUAUGGUGCAUUCCAUUUACUUAGGCUCUUUGUGAGACUCGGCGGAAUGUUAUCGUAUACGACAUUAGAUGAAAGAAGCAUACAGCUGCUAUUAUCACAUUUUCACGAUUUUUUACAAUACUUACAAAAAAAUAAUACCGAACUUUUCAAUCUUCAGCAGGAUUACGCAGAUUCACCGCCAGAUUAUCACAGGAAAUAUGCCUAAGUUAGUAUGAUCUGAUGGAUAUUUUUAAUUAAUCGAAGCAAUAUAUUACCACGUUUUUAUCAAGAAUAUUUCGUAUGGCAGUUGGAAUGAUUGUUUAAAAAACAUACACAUUGACACUGUUGUAUCAUAAUUAAUUUGUUAUACAAAUAAUUAGGUAAUUGUACAAAUUUAGUACCUUUACGAAUGGUGUGUUAAAUACUAUUCAAUGAUUUUCUGAAUUAUGAGAUUAAUUUUUUAGUUGACUAAUUGUACAGAAAAAAAAUAUACUCCAUACACUUUAGUUUAGACGAAAAUAUUAAUGUCUUUUAUUUAUUGUAAAUAUAAUGUAUUAUAACUUUAUUACCCAAUUAUAAUUUUACACGUA